AAUAGUGACUCCCCUCCGUUACAAAGUUCUUCGACCUUCGUUUCCUCUUGUUUUGGAUUAAAAAACCCAAAUAAAAACACGUAGUCUACUACUUCAGUUCAGUGUGUAAGUAAGAGAGACGAGAAUUCAUGCUUUUCGUCUCUAUGUAUGUUUGGAAUUGGAAUUUCAUGUGGGCUGCGACACGACACGAUAUUGCUGUGGUGGUAGGGAAAGGUGUUGACGUUUAAAGUUCUUACAGCAACAGUGUGGAAUUUGUGAUUAAACGGCCCAAUGGGCGAACUUUUGUGAAAUAUCAGAACUGACAGGCAAUACUUAUCAACAAUGAAGCUCAGCACUCAGGAAAAACGGGAAUUGGAUAAAUUUACAAAAUUUUUGGCUUUAAAAUGUACUCAGAUCAUCGUACAGUCCAGACUUGGAGAAAAAGUAACAAGCAACUGCAGAUCACAAACCACAAGCACGGAUUGGUUCAACUUGAACAUCAGUGAUCUCCCGGAAGUCCUUGCGGAAACGAAAAGAGUUCUCAACGGCGAAAUCCUAUCCUCAAAUCUGCCCUUAUGUGUCGAAAUUUCUUUGCGUACGGUCGAGGGUGACCAUAUGGUCCUCGAAAAUUGGUGUCUGGGCAUGUUGCCCGAACAACAGUGUGAUCCUACCACAAGAAUAGUGCAUACAAUCUAUAAUCGUAUGGGGACUCUGCUAAAAUCGCUAGUGUCGAUAACGCGAGUUGUUCCUGCUUAUAAACUGUCUCGAAGGCAAGGGCCUGACUCAUUCGUUAUAUGUUAUCGUAUAUUUUUAGGUGAGCCGUUGAUUCAAUGUCUCGGAGAAGACUUCAACAAAGUCCAGAUUGGUCAGAUCUGCACACCCAUCGGCACGUUAAACCUUUCCGUUUCGUACCGCACCAAAAUGACAAUUUCACCGACACAAACCGGACGACAGAACUCGAUCAUGUUGAAAAGCGACCAUUUCAACACCAAGAUGAGUCCGAAGAGUAGGAGAAAUAACCAAAAAGAGGAUAAGACUAUAUCGUUGGAGAUACCGAUGAGAAGGGGUGCCUUUGCCAACCAGUACAAGAAGCUGGAGACCGUGUACUUAAUCCCGAAGCUGCCGUACAGCAGGAUCAACCCGCCACCGCCUCCAAAGAAGCCCGUGGAGAAGAAAGAAGAGGAGUCGGAAACCGACGGGAGCGCGUCCACGUCAUCGGCGGACUCGAAGAAGAUGGACAACGAAUCAACAGAGGAGAAGAAUGGGAACAAAAUGACUGAUAAUUUAGCGAAUAAGUUGGAAAAGUUGACGAUGGAAUCGACGAACGACGACGAAAAUAAUUUUGUCAUGGUAGACUUGAAAGCGCCAUUUGCUAGCAGAACCACAAAAACCACCGAACUUGGCGAAUUUUUUCGAUACUGUCAGAGAGCACCGAAAACCUUACAGGUCUUCGCGGAGAUACCACCCCUUGACGAAUCGAUUAUCAACAGACAGCUAGAGACGUUUGAGUCCGAUGCAACAGAAUACGAUGCGAUGGUUCAGUCGAUUUGCCAGUCGUCGACAAAUAAUUAACUGUAUUUUACACUAUUUUAAUUUGUAUUUUGCAGUAACAUGUAUUUGUCCCUUUUA